GCUUAUUCUCGUUGGAAGAACAGAUAAUAAACAUGGCUGUCUCCCUGUCAAGGAGGGAAGUUUUCACACCGUUUGUUAGCGUCGCAAUAUCAUGUCGGACCGUGAAGAGAAUUCCUUCUCCGCUAAGGAUGUCGAGGCCGCAGUGGUUUCUAGGGAGGCCACGGUUGAAAGACGCCACAAUGGGACCGAGAACGGCUCCAUCGAUGAGAUUGCCCACAAGCAUCGUAUCCUGAAUUCCAUCCCCGUCCUCAAGAAGCUGAACGAUGCAGAGAAAUGGAUGGAUCGUGCUCUGGGUGGGGAUGAAUUGUUCGAGACACAGGGAAUCGACAGAAUUACGGAUGACCAGAAGAGGCCUCCGUCCAUCUGGAAUGCCCUGAUGAUCUGGUCGUCGGUCACAAUGCACGUUGGGACAAUCCCACUAGGUGUCCUGGGUGCUGAAUAUGGGUUGUCGUUUAGUGGUGCUAUGUCCGCAGCGACUGUGGGUAUUUGUCUUGGUGCCCUCUGCCCUGCCUUUACGGCGAUAUUAGGUCCGCAGUUGGGCCUGCGACAAAUUGCGACAUCGCGAUAUUCUUUUGGAUUCUGGGGCGCUAAGCUGUGCUCUGUCUUGAACGUUAUUGUCGGAGCCGGUUUCGCUGUGGUCAAUACCGUUGUGGUCGGCCAAAUUUUGGCAGCUGUCUCCGACUAUACAAUGUCCAUUGUCGUAGGAUGCGUGAUUAUUGCCAUUAUCUCCUACGUGCUUUCCUUCUUUGGGUUCCGCCUCAUCCAUACCUUUGAAAAGUACUCCUGGAUUGCCGCCUUCAUCCUGUUCAUUGUCUUAUACGCCCAGGCGACUCCAAAGGCGCGGCCUUUUGAUACCCCAGGGUUUGAUACCGGACUUGCGCUGAGUGGAGAAUGGCUGUCCUUUAUGGCCCUACAAUUUUCUAGUGCUUCUGGCUGGUGUUCCAUGGCCUCGGAUUACUCCUGCAAUUACCCUAGUAGCGUUAGCAAAUUGAAGAUCUCUAUUAUGACCUGGUUGGGACUUGUCCUGCCCACGUGCUUUACCACCUACCUGGGGAUCAUCCUCGGCCAGGCCGCUACUCUGAACGCAUACCCUCCAUACGCUCAAGCCUAUACCGAUCACGGACUCGGUGGACUCCUUUUUGAGGCUUGGCGACCGGUCGGAUGGGCCAAGUUUGCCUGCGUUAUCGCCUCUCUCAGUGUCUGUGGGAACAAUAUUGCUGUGAACUACUCAUCAGGUCUCUCGCUCCAGCUGCUCGGAGACUAUUUCCACGCCGUGCCGCGUUUCAUCUGGUCGUUUCUCGUCGCGUUAGUCGUUGCCCUCCUCGCUAUUAUUGGCCGCCAGUCUCUCUCGACAAUUGUUUCCAACUUUGUAUCCUUGUUGGGCUACUGGACAGUCUCGUACACGAUCAUCCUCCUGAUAGAACACGUGUGGUUCCGCCAUCGGCGCGACUACCACCUAGCGGCUUGGGACAAGCCUAGCGAUCUCCCUAUCGGGGCUGCAGCUGUUUUUACCUUACUUGCUUCAUACCUUGGAGGGGGUGUCCCCGGCAUGGCUCAAGUCUGGUAUAUUGGUCCCAUUGCUGCAAAGUUUGGGCCCUACGGAGGUGACGUGGGUAUUUUCAUGAGCUUUGCUAUCACUCUCCUGCUUUACCCACCCGCUCGCUAUUUGGAGAGGAAGUAUACCGGUCGCUAGGAAACGACCGGACUCGCUCUCGCGUAGCACUGGGUACUUCUGCGUUCGGUCUAUCAUUCCGCCUGGGUUUGUGACACUAUCCUCUUCCAGGACCAGCCCCCGAAAGCUCUGCCGCUACGGAGUACAGAUCGAUAAAAUCGGAUAGACCCACCAAUGUUGAAUAAUUUGAAUUUAGCAUCUCCUAAUGUAGCAAACUAAUCGAUUAAUUUGAACAUACCUAAUUAUAGGGCGGGU